CACCAAUCUCAUGAAGCACCAGAUAGUCCAAGUGUAUCUCAACAGCCAGCCGCACCUCAGCUGCAUUUCGGGUGCUGUAGACGCCCUACUGGACAAAGUGAGCCCUGUGCUGUAUUCCACCGACCCUAUCUCCCGAGCCCUGCUGCUCAGGCUAUAUGGUGCUAUUGCAGUGAUUGCGUCGGAUAGCAAACAGAUACACCGUAGUAUCCUCCCCGGAUUAGACUCGUCGGAUAAGCUUGAAGUGCAGGCAGCCGUUUUUGCUGCCAAUCGCAUCGCAUCGCGGUCGAAAACCUUCGCCGUUUCUUUGCUGGGCAAA